AUGUCUCGGGAUCAGAAGAUACCACAGUGCACACCUGAUCAGCACCUUCAGACCCAGAGUGAGACCCAAGGCCUGGAGAGUGCACAGGUCCCCAAACCUAUGGAGGAAGCCUUGCCCUCCUCCUCCCUCCUGCCGAUGUCAGACAACCUGAAGGAGGCUCCUGCUGCCAAGGUGCUGAGUGCUCCUGAGGGUCCUCAGAGUUUCUGCUCCUCUUCAGGUGACAACACUGCCACCUCAUCAAGCAAACCUGAUGACGACUCCAGUAGCAAAGAAGAGAAAAAAAGUCUGAGCACCUCAGAAGCUACAGAAAACCCUGAGAAUACGCUCAUAGAUGCUCUAGAGAAGAAAGUGGCUUUUCUGGUGAAUUUCCUGCUGCUGAAAUAUCGAAUGGAGGCGCUAGUAACAAAGGCAGAUAUAUUGAAUAUUAUCAUCAAAGAUGAUGAAGAGCACUUCUCUGAGAUUUUCCUGAGAGCCUCUGAGCGCAUGGAGAUGAUCUUUGGCCUUGAUGUGAAGGAAGUGGAUCCCACUAGCCACUGCUAUGCCAUCUACAUCAAACUGGGUCUCACCUAUGAUGGGAAGCUGUGUCCUCCAGAGGGCUUGCCCAAGACUGGCCUGCUGAUCCUUAUGCUGGGUGUGAUCUUCAUGAAUGACAACUGUGUCUCUGAAGAGGAAGUCUGGAGAGUGCUUAACAUAACAGGAAUAUUUUCUGAUCAGAAGCACUUCAUCUUUGGGGAUCCCAAAGAAUUCAUCACCAAAGAUUUGGUGAAGGAAAAGUACCUGGAGUACCGCCAGGUGGCCGACAGUGAUCCUGCACAAUAUGAAUUCCUUUGGGGCCCAAGAGCCCAUGCUGAAGUCAGAAAGAUGGAAAUCCUGGAGUUUCUGGCCAAGGUUCAUGGGACUGACCCAAAGUCUUACCCAUCUCAGUAUGAGGAUGCUCUGCGAAAUGAAGAAGAGAGAGCUCAAGGUAGAAUCUCAGUCAGUGCUGCCUCUACCUCCAUGGCCACUGAGAGUUCCAGUGCCAUGUCUGACAGCAUCUCUCACACCUAG